UACUUGGAGUUGCGCUUCAAUCGUGGUACACGGCAACUACUGACUUUUGGCUUUAUGUUUACUUUGUUUCUAAUGCUGCCGGUUAUCUUAUUCAUACCCUCUCUAGCUUUCUCACAAGUCACUGGCCUUAACAUACAUUUAAUAAAUGCUGUUAUCUGCUCAAUUUGUGUUAUAUACACAAUGUUGGGUGGCAUUAAAGCUGUUGUUUGGACAGAUGUGGUACAGGCUGCCAUUAUGAUCGGUUCCGUCACGCUGGUAGGAGUCUUGGGUGCGAAAAAAGUGGGCGGAGUGAAUGAAGUUUUGAGAAUAGCAGCCGAAGGAGGUCGUUUGAGUGUCGACUUCACCCUUGACAUUCACACUCGCGCCACUAUUUGGAAUUGCUCCACCAGCGCCAUUAUUUUGUGGACUGCCUAUGUGGGACUAAAUCAGAGUUGCGUACAACGUAUUGUGGCAUUGCCAUCACUUAGCCAUGCGCGACAUUCACUCAUCAUUUUCGGCGUUGGUUUCUUAGUGAUAAUGUUUUUCAAUUGCUUCACGGGCAUAAUCAUGUAUGCGCGCUAUCACGACUGCGAUCCAGUGCAGCAAGGCUACGUGCAGAAACCCGACAAAAUGAUGCCUUUCUUUGUACAAGACAUUGCCGGUCAUCUCAAGGGUAUACCAGGCGUAUUCAUCUCCUGCGUGUUUAGUGCCGCACUAAGCACAAUGUCCGCUAAUCUCAAUGCAUUAGCCGGCGUAGUCUAUUUCGAUUAUAUUAAGCCACAUGUAAAGCACACCGAGAGGAAAGCUAAUCUCAUCAUGCGCGCCUUUAUAUGCCUUUGUGGCGCAUAUAGCAUCUUUGGCGGAUUGGUGGUGGAGAAAUUCUCUUCAAUAUUACAAGUCAUAUACUCAAUAGGUGGCGUAACUAUGGGUUCAGUAUUUGGUGUAUAUCUUUUGGGCAUGUUGGUGCCACAGGCGCAUGGCAGGGCUGCCUUUUGGUCUGUCAUCGCAAGCAUGGUCGCCAUGUUCGUGAUUGUCAUGGGCGCGCAAGGUCGUCUGCACUAUAGUGCUUUACCCACCUCGGUGGAAAAUUGUCCUACAGCAAACGCAACACUUUCGUCCAAUUCUACAUCUUUUUACACAACUUCCGCGACUGAAACUCCAUCAACGAGUACCGCGACCAGUUUCAACAUUUUUGAUCUCUCUUUCAAUUGGUACGUCAUGGUGGGCAAUUUUAUUGUUUUUCUUGUUGCAAUACCACUCAGUUAUAUUGUGCCGGCUGAGAAGGAUUACAAAUGGGAUUUGAAACUAUUGUCGCCUGUGGUGCAUCCAUUCGUCAAAUAUGAAUUGACAAACACGGAGGAGUUGCCUGAACUUAAGCCAAUUAAUAUUUAA